CCUGAAAACGUACAAUUUUUAAAAACAUUAUUUCGUCCUAGUGCCCUAGGGCAUCUAGAUAUGCUCGGAUGGUUUGACCACACGUAUGGUUCGAAACCAAUAAAACCUUUAUGCGAUUUUUGUUCAUUUCAUUUAAUAAUGUUUUAGAGCUAGCAUUUAAUUUUGUGACAGUUUAUCAAUUUCAACGAUUGAACAAUAUGUUUUCAUUUACCGAACUCUUAGUUUUUUUUCGACAGCAGAAGUUGGCGGAAAUGGUGUGUCAAGAGACAGUAGAUAAUACUCCUAGAAGGAUUCACCGAUUUAUCCCGUUACCAAUUCAAGAUGUUUAGUAAGCUUACACAAAUUCGUACAUUUGGAUCACUUUUAAGCCCGAAAUGGAAAUUCCAAACGACGAUGAUUAUCUGAUCAGCUCUCGCAUCAACGGGAGUAACACUGAACUGCAAAAGGAAUUAUGCGGAGCGCGAUUUACCUUCCCGGCAGAUAACACAUACGGAGCCAUGUCGAUGCAUACCAAUGGGCAUAGUCCGUAUCCUGGAUCACAGUACUUUGCGGCCUUCCCAAAGACCAAAGCCAAAUUAUUCGCAGCUCUUGUUGAAUGUUCGGUUAUUAUUUUGCACUUGGCGACAUUCACUCUGAGUCGAGUCAUCUACAAUUAUGUUUUGGAUGAGAACGGAAAGGCCCAAUUUGACUUCUGGGCGGACUAUUUUCACAGCUUUCCCGCCUGCUUAUUCAUAACAUUCUUCGUAGGACCGUUUUGGGUGCAAUUUACGGCAAAGCGAAACGAAGCCCCAAAUAUAUUACCUGGCACAAGUAGGUUGUUGGUGCUAUUUGAAAACGCGCUGAAAAGAAAUGUUCCAGACCGCCAUGAGAAGCUAAUCAAGUUUUCCCGCUAUACUCUUUUAACGUGGUUGUUGACUAUGCGCGAAUUCAGUAAGCUACUCUACCAACAGUUCUCAAAUUACAUGCUGAUACAAAAAGUCCUCAAACUCACCGACGUGGAGCGAUAUGCUCUAGAGGAAAAUGAGAAGGUUAACCAACCAAUGGGUCGAGCAGUUCAUGGAUGGCUCAGAGCUAUGGUCAAAGAAAUGGAAUUCUCGGGAUAUUUCAACCCAGGCGAUGCUAAAACUCUAAAUGAUGCUGUUUACAAUCUAAAACGAAACUGCGAUGGCGUUCUGAAGUUUUCUACGCGCAAAUCAGUGACUGUUCGAUUUACAUGGGUCUCUUUUGUUGCCCUCCACGCUUUCGGAUGGUUAUCGGUUUUUGGCAUCAAGAAAGGAAUGGCCUACUUACUAUCCCCGUACGCAAUAGCUUAUUAUUGCAUGUACCUCGCAAAUGACAUUCAUCGAGUUAAUGCGUAUUCAUUCGACGACUUCGGAUAUGACAUGAUAGAGAUUUUUCAAAAGAAAAUGUACGAUUGUUCGGUUUUUUUGAACACAUACUACCUCACCUCCGACGACAUAGUCAUUUACGAUUCAAAAAAGACUUCUCUCGAGUUUUCUUGAAAAUGGUUUCGACAAUGUAUGAAAUGGAAUGCUGAUAAAUAGCCUGAUAGUACUUUGGUCGUGAAUAAACUGAUAACUUUAAUUUCAA